UUUUCAAGAAAAACACAAAACUUUUCUGUCGGCGUGCCAGCAAGCUUAUGACUAAUGUUGUGAGUUUGUUCACAUCAACAUUUGUGUUCACAUGGUCUCGAUACUUUAGCACUCAAGAUCUUCAAUACCCACCUUCUUUUGAUGCCCGAACUAUAUGUUACCCAUCUGACCAAAAUCUGAAAGACUAUCUCAGCUGGCGGCAAGCUGACUGUCAUAUUAAUAAUCUUUACAACACCUGUUUCUGGAAACUUGUCCAAGAAAAGAGUCUCUCACCAGCUGAAUCUCAAGCAAGAUUAAAAGGAACUCUUUCAAGUGACAAGAAUGAGAUGUUAUUCACAGAAUUUAAUAUAAAUUACAACAACCUUCCUGAUAUACAUAAAAAAGGUACAAUUCUCAUCCGGCAGAAGAUAUCAUCAGAAAAAGGUAAUUAAAAUUCAUUACAAUGACAGAUCUAGCGGACUUUCAAAGAAGUCAAAUUGUUGGUGCUAGCAUAACAAAAACAGCCAAAAUGUUUGGUGUAUCAAGAAGUACCAUCUCAAAAGUAAUGACAGCCUAUGAGAAAGAGGGAAAAACCUCCUCGUCGAAACAAAACUUCAGAAGAAAACCAAAACUUUCAGAUAGGGACUGUCAGACUCUUAUGCAAAUUGUUAGAAAGGAUCACAAAAGUAUGCUCCCAAAAUUACUGCAGAGCUUAAUAACCACCUUGAGAACCCAGUUUCCACAAAAACUGUCUGCCGGGAGCUGCACAAAGCUGGAUUUCAUGGGAGGGCUACAAUCAAAAAACCACUACUUUCAAAAACAAACAUUGCAAAGCAUUUAGAGUGGACCUACAGAAUUGGUCCCUAGAGCAAUAGUAGAAUGUUACUUUCUCGGACAAAUAAUCCUUUACCUUAUAUCUGACCACUGGCCAAGUAUACAUGUGGAGACAGCCAAAAAAGCAUUUGACCCAGACUGCUUUCUUCCAACCGUUAAACAUGGAGGAGGAUCUGCGAUGAUCUUGGGGGCUAUAUCUUGGAAAUCCACUGGCCCAAUGGUUUCCCUUCAUGGCAGAAUUAAUAGUGAAGACUAUUUAAGCAUUUUAUCUGAUCAAAUUCAUCCUAUGUUUGAGGAACUGUUUCCAGAGGGAAAUGUAAUCUUUCAGAAUGGUAAUGCACCAAUUCAAACAGCUAAAGUUGUUAUUGAAUGCCACGAGGAAUAUUCUAAUAAAGUUGAACAUCUUAUCUGGUCACAACAGUCCCCAGAUCUUAAUAUUAUUGAACAUUUAUGGUGCAUUUUAGAGAAACAAGUAAAGAGUUGAUAUCCUCCACCAUCAUCACUACAAGAACCGGAGACUGUUUUAGCUGAAGAAUGGACAAAAAUUCCUUUGGAAACAAUUCAAACUUUGUAUGAGUCCAUACCUCAUAGAAUUCAAGCUGUAAUUACUGCCAAAGGCUGUCCUACCCCAUAUUAAAAUUAAAUUUGUUUGAAAUUUUAAGGCGUUUACAUUAUUUUGUCCAACCCCUG